AUGCGUUCGAUUGCAAAAGCGCUCGACAUUGACGAGUGUAUAAGUCGCUUGUUAGAAGUUGGUAGAGAUGGAAAGGUCCACAAGUCCAUUUGUUUUAGAAAUUCGGAGAUUACUGCUAUCUGUCAAGCCGCACAAGAGGUGUUUCUCAGCCAACCUUCUUUGAUCGAAUUGAAUCCUCCUGUCAAGAUUAUGGGCGAUGUUCAUGGUCAAUAUCAUGAUUUGAUCCGGCUAUUCGAUAUGGGUGGGUAUCCUCCAGAGUCCAACUACCUAUUGCUGGGGGACUAUGUUGAUCGAGGAAAACAGAGUUUGGAGACCAUUUUGCUGCUUUUCUGCUAUAAGAUAAAAUAUCCCGAAAAUUUCUUUUUACUUAGAGGAAAUCAUGAAUGUGCUAAUGUAACUCGAGUCUAUGGAUUUUAUGAUGAAUGCAAGCGCCGAACGAACACCAAGAUAUGGAAGACAUUUGUGGAUGCCUUCAACACACUUCCUAUUGCAGGUCUGGUUGCAGGAAAGAUAUUCUGUGUACAUGGCGGUCUGUCCCCCUCGUUGAAUUCAAUGGACGAUGUUCGAAAUCUUGCCAGACCAACCGAUGUGCCAGAAUACGGGCUUUUAAAUGAUCUUGUCUGGUCAGAUCCAUCAGACACUGCAUUGGACUGGGAAGAUAAUGAGCGUGGAGUGUCAUACUGUUUUGGCAAAAAGAUCGUCAAUGAGUUUCUUACCAAGUUCGAUCUUGAUCUCGUUUGCCGUGCACACAUGGUAGUCGAGGACGGAUACGAGUUUUUUAAUGAAAGAACGUUGGUUACUGUAUUUAGUGCACCAAACUACUGUGGCGAGUUUGACAACUUUGGUGCAAUAAUGAGUAUAAAUGAAGAAUUGAUCUGCAGCUUUGAACUCCUGGCACCAAUGGACCACCCACCUGUUAAGCCCAUGAAAAUUAAGGGACGCCGACCAAGGUAA